UGAUGAUGCGGAAUAUAGCUGCUGCUUCUUCUUCUUAUUGCAGCAGCAGGAGAUGGAGAGGUAUGCAUUGUCUUCACUCUAACUCCACUAUUGUUGUUUUCGCCAAAGAUUACUUUGCUUUCCUUCACUCUCAACCUUCUAAACCAAUCAAAUCUACAAGAACCCAACUAGAGCAGCCAGUGAGAAACUCACCCAAAAUCACAACUGUUGAGGAUGCUUUCAAUGUGUUUGAUAGAAUGCUUCAAAUGCGUCCUCCGCCUUCAGUUGUUCGUUUCAAUCAAAUAUUGGGUCAAGUUGUGAAAUUGAAACAUUAUUCGGCCGUCAUCUCCUUGUAUUACCAAAUGGAUGUGUCGGGAAUUGGACCUAAUGUUUAUACUCUAAACAUUCUCACAAAUUGUUGUUGUCAUCUAAACAAAAUGGGGUUUAGUUUAUCUGUAUUGGGAAAAUUCUUCAAAGCUGGUCUUGAACCAAAUGUCAUUACUUUCAACAUUCUGAUCAACGGCUUUCUUCUUGAGAAUAGCGAGGCGGAGGCGGCAGGAAUUUUCAACAAAAUGAUUGCGGGAGGUAAUUGUCAGCCUAAUGUGGUUACUUAUGGCACACUAGUAAAGGGCUUUUGCAUGAAAGGUAACAAUAGUGCUGCUAUUCAGUUGCUUAGGAAGAUGGAGGAAGGAGCUUGCAAGCCUGACCUAGUUGUCUAUAACACAAUCAUCGACAGUCUUUGUAAGGAUACACUAGUUGAUGAUGCAUUAAACCUCUUUUCUGAAAUGAUGUGCAAGGGUAUUGCCCCAAAUGUCAUUACCUAUACAUCCUUGAUUCAUGGAGUUUGCAAAUUAGGCGAGUGGAAAGAAGCUACAAGGUUGUUGAAUGAAAUGGUGAGUAAAAAUAUCUUUCCAAAUGUGUUCACGUUCAGCGUCUUGGUAGACACAAUUUGUAAGGAGGGGAUGGUCGUGGAAGCAGAAGGUGUGGUUGAAAUGAUGAUUCAAAGAGGUAUUGAACCUGAUACGGUUACAUACAGUUCACUCAUGGAUGGUUACUGUUUGCGGGGAGAAAUGGACGAGGCACAAAAAGUUUUCGAGCUAAUGCUUAGUAAGGGCUCGAUGGUUAAUGUUGUUAGUUACAACACAUUGAUAAAUGGAUAUUGUAAGCAUAAAAAAAUAGAUGAGGCCAUGAUGCUUUUUCUGGAUAUGUCUCAUAAGGGCCUGGUUCCAAAUACCAUUACUUAUAACACUCUUCUGUACGGCUUUUGCAAAACAGGCAGAAUACAGGACGCACAAAAGUUGUUCUACGAGAUGCAAGCUUGUGGCCAACUUCCAGAUGUUCAAACUUAUUCUAUUUUACUGCAUGGCCUGUGUGAAAACCGACAACUUUGUAAGGCAAUGCAAUUGUUUGGAGACAUGAAAGCGAAGAAGUUGGAUAUUGAUAUUGUGAUUUACAGUAUUCUUAUUGAAGGUUUGUGCAUAGCUGGAAAAAUUGAAUCUGCAAGGGAUCUCUUUUGUGGUUUAUCAUCAAAAGGACUUCAACCUGAUGUGAGGACAUACACUAUAAUGAUUAAUGGACUCUGUAUCGGGGGCCUAACAAGUGAAGCGGAAAAGUUGCUGGUUGAAAUGGAAGGGAAAGGCUGUUCUCCAGAUGGUUGCACAUAUAACACAAUUAUCAGAGGGCUUAUCAGUAACAAAGAGACAUCAAGGGCGAUGGUACUUAUUCAACAAAUGGUGGAGAAGGGUUUAUCUGCAGAUGCAUCAACAAUGGAGUUGAUAGUUCAAUUACUGUUGAAAGAUGAAGUGGAUCCUGCUUUGUUGCCGUUGAUAAAAGAAUCACUGUGAAAUUAAUUUGCAUCUGUGGACAAUGAACUGGUGCAUCUUUGACGACCAUAAAGGUAUUACAGUGGUCGUGGGUGUGGCAGGAGGUGAAAAUGCCUUCUCACGUGUAUCCGGAAUUUCUGGUCCAGGUGAGUUGUUUCCUUAUAAAUCUAUAUAUUGCAAUGACAUGCAUCCUGGCAAUUCAAUAAUGAGGGGGAAGUGAGGGGGAUAGACACCACUAACACUGACACUGAGACUGGAGUUGGAAUAUGGACAGGGACCUGCCAGGCAGCAUUUAUUGGGUUGGCAUAUUUCCUUUAUUAAGUCGCUUGCUGAAUUUUCACGAAUCCCUGUUGUUGUUACAAACCAAGUGAGGUCUCAAACUCGUGAUGAAGCCUGCCAGUAUUCUUUUCAUGGGCAGAGCAGGGAAAAAGCAGUGGAGGAUCAUACAGGAUACGAUUUUCAUCUUGUUGCUGCUUUGGGGAUUCACUGGGCUCAUGCUGUGACCAUACGUCUAGUGCUGGAUUCUAAGUCUGGUUUGCCCAAUAUAUGCUUUAGCUUGAAAAUUAUUAAACUGUCAUGAAGCAGACUCUUGCUGCUUAGUUAUUCAUAUGAGGUAUCUUUGCAAAUCUAAUUGUAUGGAUAUGUUUCUUUCAGAAUACGUGCAACUCUAUCUGUUAGGUUUUUCAAUAUGUAUGAGUCUGUGUGCCCUAUAUUCUCUUCAAUGCCUUCCAGAAGCUAUCAGAAGAUUAACAACAACAAUUAAUCCCUUUUUUUCAUUUUGAUUGAUUUGUUUAGCAAAAUUGAUGUGGAUAUCUUUUUAAAACCGAUGAUUUUACUGUAUAUAAUUAGAAUUGAAUGGUCAUAACAGUUUAUGGUUCCAGAGUUGGAGAAAAUUUGACCUUUUAAUGAGAUGAUGACAAUGAUGACAACGUGGAAUCCAAAACUAUUUUCCCCCAUUACUGAUUCCACACUUUCGUUUUUUUCUUGUAGGGAAGAGGUUCAUCAGGCUGGCAAAGUCGCCCAUAUCACCACCUCUGGCCUUCCCUUAUAACAUAACAUCAUUUGGAAUCACAUUGCUUAAUGAUGAUGGAAUAGAACUGACUGGACCGGAGAUAAACUCAAUUCAUUGUCAAGGUUUGUCACUGAGGCUCUUGUUGAGUGAAUCUGGAAAUCCAAAUUAAGGACAAUUAGAAAAACAAAUACUGGAAUAAAUUGUAAAAUAAAAUAAAAUAUUAAAUAAUUUUAAUUGAUGUGACUGUCCAC